CGCAUCGAUUGAUUAAUCGAGUUCAAGAUUCGCUAGAAGCGGCGUUCAGUCAACUGGCGUCGCCGCACGCCUUGGUCAGCUCGUCUCUAGCGCGCCACCAUGCGCGCGCCAUCCUCCGCCCGCACGUCUCUCCGCCGGCCUCCCCUCGCCGUUGCGCGUUUGCCUCCGCGCGUAAGAAAGCAAAUCACGUAAUCGAGAUCCUUAAAGGCAAAGAAACCGCGUGAUUUAUGCCGGCCAUCUGGAGCGGCCCGCAAAGAUGCCGCCGCCACAGGAGCAGCCGCACCGGCCUCUAGGAGGCCGCCGUCCCCGUCCUCCCCCCGCACCACCACCCAUGGCGUACUCCGACGACAUGGUGGCGUUCUACGACGCCUGGGUGGGCCGCGAGGAGCAGAUCGUGGCCGACCUCACGGCCGCGCUGGCCCUUCCGCCCCGGCGCCACCGCGACGCGCUGGCGCCGCUCGUGGACGCCGCCGUCGACCACGUCGCCACCUACUACGAGCACAAGGCCCGCCUCGCCGACCGCGACGUGGUGGCCGCGCUCGACCCGCGCUGGCUCAACCCGCUCGAGCGCACCUUCCUGUGGGCCUGGGGCUGGAAGCCCGCGCUCGUGUUCCGCUUCGUGGAGAGCGGCGGCGGCGGCGGCGGCAUGGGCCCCGCGCAGCGGUGCGCACUCGAUGACCUCCGCGCCGCCACGGCGGCCGCGGAGCGGGGGGUGGAUCGCGAGGUGGCGGCCGUGCAGGAGUCAUUGGCGGGCCCGCGCGUGCUGGCCGCGCUGCGCCGCCAGGCCCCGCGGAACGGGGACGAGGCGGACGACGCCGUGGCCGCGGUCGGGCGCGCGCUGCGCGUGCUGCUGGGCGCGGCCGACGCGCUGCGGGAGCGCACGCUGCGCGGCGUCGUCGGCCUGCUCCCGCCGGACCAGGCGGGCGCGUUCCUGGUGGCCAUGCUGAGGUUCCACCUCGGCGUCCGCCGCGCCGGCCGCGACUGGAGCCCCGGCCACGGCGGCCACCGGGGCGCCUAGUGGCGAUGGCCGGCCAUCACACCUAGCCCAAAUGCAUCAGAGCAGAGGACGGGAACUGCUACGUGCAUGGGGAUUAAGCCCCCGUCAAUGUCAGUGUCAGUGUCAGGGUCUGAGUCCGUCCAACAAAUGUUGGCAAUAAGAGGAAACCGAGCCUUGCUCAUGUCGGCAUGCCGUGCGAAUUGAAUGUUCAUCGUGUCAAAACGGCCGUCGUCGAGUCUCGGGUUGGUAUCAGGAGUUCAAAGUGCAGCGUCGUCGUGUGUCAGCGUCAAGAGUCAGUCAGGUCGUCGGAGUCUGUUUUCUUUUUCCCGGUCGGUUGGGAUCGUGCGUCUGUAGCAGAUUUCAGAGGACCUGUCAAUGGAAUCUGGUGAGUUCGUGUCUAACUGUAGGGUCGGUCCAAGCAAGAGCGUGGCCAUUUCUACGCAGAUCAACUGAGCUGAUUUACCCCUCCUCUGAAUGUGCCCCGUAGCUCCAUGAUAUCUCCAUCACUCCAUGAGUUUAAUAGUCAAAUAGAUGCAAUGCAAGAACGAAUGUGCAAUGGCCAAAUAGAAGCAAGAACGCCAGAUUCCAAGUUAAC